AACCAAAACCAACAAAGCAAAAAAAAAAAAAAAAACAAAAAACAAAAAACAAAACAAAAAACAAACAAACAAAAAACCAACUCUGGACGUGGAGCUGCCACCGAGACGGAGACCGGGGAAGGAAACCCAGUAGGCAGCCCAAUGCUUCUGCGGCCGCGCGCUGGCAACUUUGUGGAACACUUUCUAGGAAUUAGGUCUUUGCCUCCCCCUUCGUCUUCCUGACUUCCGAAGAAAGAACUUGGCUUUGGAUGGCAAUGGAGCCUGAGGAGAGGGGGUUACACGCCCUCGAAUAAUCAAUCCCUCCGGCUGGGCUGAAUUUGUGGGAAUUUGGGAAGCCAGAGGGUGGAAACACAGCAGCCUUUGGAGUGCCCUCUGCUAAUCUGGAUGGAUCUAAACGUGCCCCAUUCAAGACCUCUCCACUAACCCCUUCUGGUCUUGCGACUUGCUCUUCUGGACUUUAAUUAGCAUCUAGGAAAGUCUAAACUUUGGACCUACCUCUUUUUUUGAUACUUAUUUUUGUACUUUUGCUCUGGGAUUGGUUUCUUAAACACUCUGGAUCCUUUUUAAUAUGUCAAAAUGAGUCGGCUGAUGUUUACACAACUACUGCUCUGUGGAUUGUUAUAUGUUCCGGUUGAUGGAUCUCGUCUUCGCCAAGAAGACUUCCCUCCGCGGAUUGUGGAGCACCCUUCAGAUGUCAUUGUCUCUAAGGGAGAGCCCACCACCUUGAACUGUAAGGCAGAGGGCCGGCCAACGCCCACCAUUGAGUGGUACAAGGAUGGCGAGCGGGUGGAGACUGACAAGGAUGAUCCCCGGUCUCACAGGAUGCUUCUGCCCAGCGGAUCCUUAUUUUUCUUGCGCAUUGUUCAUGGGCGCAGAAGCAAACCCGAUGAAGGAAGCUACGUCUGUGUUGCGAGGAACUAUCUCGGUGAAGCAGUAAGUCGAAAUGCAUCUCUGGAAGUGGCAUUGUUACGAGAUGACUUCCGGCAAAAUCCCACAGAUGUUGUAGUGGCAGCCGGAGAGCCUGCAAUCCUGGAGUGCCAACCUCCCAGGGGACACCCAGAACCCACGAUCUACUGGAAAAAAGACAAAGUCCGAAUUGAUGACAAGGAAGAAAGAAUAAGUAUCCGUGGUGGAAAGCUGAUGAUCUCCAAUACCAGGAAAAGUGAUGCAGGGAUGUAUACCUGUGUUGGCACCAAUAUGGUGGGAGAAAGAGACAGUGAUCCAGCAGAGCUGACUGUCUUUGAACGACCCACAUUUCUCAGGAGGCCAAUUAACCAGGUGGUACUGGAGGAAGAAGCUGUAGAAUUUCGUUGUCAGGUCCAAGGAGAUCCUCAACCAACUGUGCGGUGGAAAAAGGAUGAUGCAGACCUGCCAAGAGGAAGGUAUGACAUCAAAGAUGAUUACACCCUGAGAAUUAAAAAGGCCAUGAGUACAGAUGAAGGCACCUAUCUGUGUAUUGCCGAGAAUCGGGUUGGAAAAGUAGAAGCCUCUGCUUCUCUAACAGUCCGAGCUCGCCCUGUUGCUCCUCCACAGUUUGUGGUUAGGCCAAGAGAUCAGAUUGUUGCUCAAGGUCGAACAGUUACAUUUCCCUGUGAAACUAAAGGAAACCCACAGCCAGCUGUUUUUUGGCAAAAAGAAGGCAGCCAGAACUUGCUUUUUCCAAAUCAACCCCAGCAACCCAACAGUAGAUGCUCUGUUUCACCAACUGGAGACCUCACAAUUACCAACAUUCAGCGCUCCGAUGCGGGUUACUAUAUAUGCCAGGCAUUAACUGUGGCAGGAAGCAUUUUAGCAAAAGCUCAACUGGAAGUUACUGAUGUUUUAACAGAUAGACCUCCACCUAUAAUUCUACAAGGCCCGGCGAACCAAACUCUAGCAGUUGAUGGUACAGCAUUACUGAAAUGUAAAGCUACUGGGGAUCCUCUUCCUGUAAUUAGCUGGCUAAAGGAGGGAUUUACUUUCCUGGGUAGAGAUUCAAGAGCAACUAUACAAGAACAAGGAACAUUGCAGAUUAAGAAUUUACGGAUUUCUGAUACUGGUACUUAUACUUGUGUGGCUACAAGUUCAAGUGGGGAGACUUCGUGGAGUGCUGUGCUGGAUGUGACAGAAUCUGGAGCAACAAUCAGUAAAAAUUAUGACUUAAGUGACCUACCAGGGCCACCAUCCAAACCACAGGUCACUGAUGUUACUAAGAACAGUGUCACCUUGUCCUGGCAACCAGGUACCCCUGGAGCCCUUCCAGCAAGUGCAUAUAUCAUUGAGGCUUUCAGCCAAUCGGUGAGCAAUAGCUGGCAGACGGUGGCAAACCAUGUAAAGACCACGCUCUAUACAGUGAGAGGAUUGCGGCCCAAUACGAUCUAUUUAUUCAUGGUCAGAGCUAUCAACCCCCAAGGUCUAAGCGACCCAAGCCCCAUGUCAGAUCCUGUGCGCACACAAGAUAUCAGCCCACCAGCACAAGGAGUGGACCAUAGACAAGUACAGAAAGAACUAGGAGAUGUCAUUGUCCGUCUUCAUACUCCAGUUGUGUUGACUCCCACCACUGUUCAGGUCACAUGGACGGUUGAUCGCCAGCCCCAGUUUAUUCAAGGCUACCGAGUGAUGUAUCGUCAGACCUCAGGCCUGCAGGCUACGACAACAUGGCAGAAUUUAGAUGCCAAAGUCCCAACCGAGCGAAGUGCUGUCUUGGUCAACCUCAAAAAGGGAGUGACUUAUGAAAUUAAAGUUCGACCAUAUUUUAAUGAGUUCCAAGGAAUGGACAGUGAAUCUAAAAUAGUUCGUACUACUGAAGAAGCCCCAAGUGCCCCUCCACAAUCUGUCACCGUGCUGACAGUUGGAAGCCACAAUAGCACAAGUAUUAGUGUUUCCUGGGAUCCUCCUCCUCCAGAUCAUCAGAAUGGAAUCAUCCAAGAAUACAAGAUCUGGUGUCUGGGGAAUGAAACACGAUUCCAUAUCAACAAAACUGUGGAUGCAGCCAUUCGAUCUGUGAUAAUUGGUGGAUUGUUCCCAGGUAUUCAGUACCGGGUAGAGGUUGCAGCUAGUACAAGUGCAGGGGUUGGAGUAAAAAGUGAGCCGCAGCCGAUAAUAAUUGGGGGACGUAAUGAAGUUGUCAUUACUGAAAACAAUAACAGCAUAACUGAGCAAAUCACUGAUGUUGUGAAGCAACCAGCCUUUAUAGCUGGAAUUGGUGGUGCCUGCUGGGUAAUUUUGAUGGGUUUUAGCAUCUGGUUGUAUUGGCGAAGAAAGAAGAGAAAGGGACUCAGUAACUAUGCUGUUACAUUUCAAAGAGGAGAUGGAGGACUAAUGAGCAAUGGGAGCCGUCCUGGUCUUCUAAAUGCUGGUGAUCCCAGUUACCCAUGGCUUGCUGAUUCAUGGCCAGCCACGAGCUUACCAGUAAACAAUAGCAAUAGUGGCCCAAAUGAGAUUGGAAAUUUUGGACGUGGAGAUGUGCUGCCACCAGUUCCAGGCCAAGGGGAUAAAACAGCAACGAUGCUCUCAGAUGGAGCCAUUUAUAGCAGCAUUGACUUCACGACCAAAACCACUUACAACAGUUCCAGCCAAAUAACACAGGCUACCCCAUAUGCCACAACACAGAUCUUGCAUUCCAAUAGCAUACACGAACUGGCUGUCGAUCUGCCGGACCCACAGUGGAAAAGCUCAAUUCAGCAAAAAACGGACCUGAUGGGCUUUGGAUAUUCUCUCCCUGAUCAGAACAAGGGUAACAAUGGUGGGAAAGGUGGAAAAAAGAAGAAAACUAAAAACUCCUCUAAACCACAGAAAAACAAUGGAUCGACUUGGGCCAAUGUACCCCUACCUCCUCCCCCAGUCCAGCCCCUUCCUGGUACAGAGCUGGAACACUAUGCAGUGGAACCGCAAGAAAAUGGGUAUGACAGUGAUAGCUGGUGCCCACCAUUACCGGUACAAACAUACUUACACCAGGGUAUGGAAGAUGAACUGGAAGAAGAUGAUGAUCGUGUCCCAACACCUCCUGUCCGAGGCGUGGCUUCUUCUCCUGCUAUUUCCUUCGGACAGCAGUCCACUGCAACUCUUACUCCAUCCCCACGGGAAGAGAUGCAACCCAUGCUGCAAGCUCACCUGGAUGAGUUGACAAGAGCCUAUCAGUUUGAUAUAGCAAAGCAAACAUGGCACAUUCAAAGCAAUAAUCAACCUCCACAGCCCCCGGUUCCACCAUUAGGUUACAUGUCCGGAGCCUUGAUUUCCGAUUUGGAAACAGAUGUUCCAGAUGAUGACGCUGAUGAUGAGGAGGAAGCUUUAGAAAUCCCCAGACCCCUGAGAGCACUAGAGCAGACACCCGGAUCCAGUAUGGACAAUCUAGACAGCUCUGUGACAGGUUCAAUGGUAAAUGGCUGGGGCUCUGCAUCUGAUGAGGAUCGUAACUUUUCUAGUCAUAGAUCUAGUGUAGGUAGCUCCUCAGAUGGCUCCAUCUUUGCCAGCGGCAGCUUUGCACAAGCAGUGGUGGCAGCAGCAGAUAAAGCUGGUUUUAGGCUGGAUGGAACCAGCCUUACAAGAACAGGCAAAGCUUUUACCUCCUCUCAAAGACCUCGACCAACCAGCCCAUUUUCUACUGACAGUAAUACCAGUGCAGCCCUGAGUCAAAAUCAGAGGCCUCGGCCCACUAAAAAACACAAGGGAGGGCGAAUGGAUCAACAACCAGCAUUGCCUCAUCGAAGGGAAGGAAUGACAGAUGAUCUUCCACCACCACCAGAUCCCCCUCCAGGUCAGGGUUUAAGGCAGCAAAUAGGCCCGAGCCAGCAUGCUGGUAACAUGGAAAACUCAACAGAGAGAAAAGGAAGCUCUCUGGAGACACCACAAGCAUCCAACAUAGAAGACACAAAGAGCUCAUUGGAUUGUCCAGCUAGAACGUCCCUAGAGUGGCAGCGACAAACCCAAGAAUGGAUAAACUCCACAGAACGCCAAGAAGAUAUACGGAAAGCCCUACACAAACAAAGUGUUGGACCAGAGGAAACAUUGGUGCCAUACAGCAAGCCCAGUUUCCCAUCUCCGGGAGGUCACAGCUCAUCAGGAACAGCAUCUUCUAAAGGAUCCACUGGACCCAGGAAAGCCGAAGCGUUGAGGGGAAGUCACCAACGCAAUGCCAGUGACCUUCUUGACAUAGGAUAUAUGGGCUCAAAUAGUCAAGGACAGUUUACAGGUGAAUUAUAGUAACUGAGAGGAGACAUGCAAAGCUGCUCUGAAGGACCACCAGGUCUGAACUCAUGGAAGUGAUGACAUUAAACAGUGCAAUGAACAAUUUCUUUAUUUAUGUACUAUUAAAAGAACUGUAAAUGCAAUGUAAAGACACACAGCCACACAUAUCCCACAGAUAUUUUACUUGUGUUCUUCUCUUAAGUACACCACCCACCUUAACUCUUUCUUGUCAGGAGUAUAUAAAAAAGAAAGAAAACAAAACUCGCCCUCCAGGAAGAAAAGGAUUUUCCUCUGUAUAUAAUUUCUUUUGUGCAUUGCUAUGCAAGCUCACUCUUUUUAGCUCUGUUCAUACUAUUGUCUGUUUUUAUUGGUCUGUUGUACUAUAUGUGAAUUAAUAGGCUGUGGUGCCAUAUAUUAACUUUUAAUUGUGUAACUUUUAUGUUUAAAUUUUGCACUGCAAUUUUAUUUGGUGAUAAGCACAAAUCUCUACUCCUCGUGACAUGAAGAACAAGACUGAAUGUGAAGGGAGUCUCUGUACUGUAAGCUAGGCUGGAUAUGCUGGUUGGAACCAAUCACGUUGGAUGGUUUGCAGUUGGGGUGUAGGAAUAGGAAGAUGCAAGGAACAGUAGAGUUGGCGAAGUCUUCUUUGAAUAUCAGGGACUGAGUCAAUAAAAAGAAAAGCAGAAAGGUGGCUUUUACUGUUGACAAAAAGCAGGGGUCAAAGAAAGAAAUUUAAGUCUUAAGGCUAAAUAGGCAUUGCAAUAAACAGGUAGCAAAGAUGUACUAAACUUGCUUUAAAAAAAAGGAAAUUAAGAUUAUAUGUAGAAUCAACUUUAUCUGUCAUUGUAAUUGACCGAUCUGAGAAUUAUAACAAGCAAAAGGAAAUUAAGGUGUUUCCAAAGAGCUGUGUUUAUAUUACAGUUUUUAAAAAAAACAUUUUCUGAAUUACCAUAAUUAAUCUCUCCAACUCAUUAAGUCAGAAUAUAAUAUGAAGUUCCCCAAGGAAACAAACAAAAUGAACUGUAGAAUAUCUUGCAAAUAGUUAAAGAGGCAAUUUGUUAUUAGGACAUACUCGGGCUGCUUCCAAAUGCAAAAACUCUAUUGCAACAUCUUGUUUCAUCUUUCCAAUACAUGUACAGUACCCACUAGAGGAUAGAGCUGCAUCAGUUAAAUUUAUGACUUUUGAAAAUUAAUGCAGUCUAUAGACAAUUUUGUGUUUUAUUUGAUUAAGAAGUGAAGUUUAUGCCACCAAAUGUAUAACCAAAUUGUAAGUGCUUAAAAAGCAGUGCUCAGAGUAUGUUCAGUUCACAGUAAGUAGAUUUAUUGGAAUAAACAUUUUAUGGUACAUUCUCAGAAAUUGGCUGCCAACUAAAAUAUGUUUGACCCAUUUUGAGUGAGUAAAUUGGAAAGAAAAUUUAAAAGGACAAAAAUGCAUGUUUAUAUACUUUUUAAAUAAAACCAAACCUCAUUAAGUGGACAUUCAUAACAGUGUCCUGCCUCAUUUGUUUUCACGACUUUGAGAGCAAGAAAUUCCUGAAAAUCGGUCAUGAAUGGUCAAAAUGAAUAUGACUUUGAAAUGUAUGUCAGCCACCAUACAUGUACAGUCAAUCAAGUAGAAGAGAACUUCCCUGAAAUUUCCACCUGUGACAUUUUUCCAUGUGCUGCCUACACAACUGUAAAUUCUAUUCUAGUUAUACUUUCUCAUGUUUUUCCUAUGAUGUGUUCAGUAGUUGGUACUUUGAAAAAUAUUCAAUGUAAUGAUUAGAAUCAGUUAUAAAAUAUGGGACCCACUUGAAUGACAAUGACAAUUCAUACUCCAUGCACGAUUGACUUAGUCACCAAUUCAAUAUCAUGUUAUUAUAGCAAAGGAAUAGUAUAUAAUUCAUGUUUUCUAUCUUUUUUGUUCCCUGAGACUGCUUCAACACAGGCAAGAGAGGAGAAGUUUAAUGGUCUUUAUGAGCCCCAACACCUUCUUGGUGCCAUAGAGUUCAUUUCUUUGCAGAAGAGAAAACAUAGUUGGAGACACACUAAUUAAAGGCUUUAUCAACUUUCUACCACCAGUGCCUGAAUUUUAAUGCAGUUUGAUCUCUCUGGGUGAGAUUUUGGAGGGAAGAUAAAAAGUUCCUAUGAAGAGCAAAUAUGUACUCUUCAUAACUGCAAGAUGUGAGGAAUUUAAUUUUUAUUUAUGUAGUUCUCUAUUUUGCCUCUUUCUAUUUAAAAGCAAACAAAGUUUUAUUCAUUUGUGUUCCCUCUUUAUGCUUGUCUGUAACCCACUUUAGAUUAAAGCUUUAAUUCAUUACAUUUAUUACACAUAGAUCUUGAUCCCUAGUGUGACUAAUAAACCAAGACUUCAAUGUAGAGUAUGUGUAUGAAAGUGACUUCUGGAAUAAUACAGGACAUAGCAUCAUACCUUCCCGAUCAUUUUCAGUCUAUAAAACUUAACUGUUUUGGUUAGAUUUUGGCAAUGCUUAUAGUUACUUGAAAUGUGCUAAAAGAGCAUUCCACAUUCCCUGUUAAAUCGAGUUUUAUAUAAAUUAGUAAAAUCUUGCACCCAGUGUAUCAUUCUCACACAGAUACAGAGCAAGAUACAAUGCUGUAGCUAUCCAAAUGAAUUCAGGAAUCUUAUCAAAAAAUCAAAAGCUUUUGUCAACUUACAUCAGAAUGUCAUUAGAAGAAUACAAACAUGUAUAAGACCUACUGUAUUUUUUUUUCCUUUUGUAAAAUGAAGGUGAUUAGAAAUUCACUGAGCUCACUCUUCUGCAGGUCUAAAUAAGAUCUGUGUAACUUGUCAGAAGGCAAUCUGGAUGGGAGAGAAUGUAAACUUAUCUUGCACUCACAGGCAAUGCUAUUGUGCAGUCAAGCCCCAGACAACACAGCUCCAUUCUCAACAUGCAAAGUCUCCACUGGGGAAAAGCCAAUCAGUGCCCCAACUCAGGUAUGCCUCAGUGUGUGUAGGCAGAGCAGCCCCACCCCUUCCCAGAUCUCUUCAUGUCAUAUUUAAAGUGGGGUAGUACAAGGGCUUGAAAACAAUUGAUCCCUUCACAGGAGUUGAACCCAGUUCAAGGGAACAUGUAAGAAAAUCAAGACCAACAUUUAAGGUGUCAUAUCAAAGGGAAGUGAAAACUUGCAAGUAGACUUGCUCUAAGUAACAAAACAGAUAAAACGGUGUUCUAUGGUCAUAGUUUAUUGCUCUGGGUAUUUAAAGAUAUCUUCAAUGGGAUUCAAGUGGAAAGUUUGUAUGAUCUUGGAUAGAAUACCUCCAAAUUUCUAUUCAACAAAUUUAUGUAAAUUGUCCAUCAAUAACAUAAUUAUAAUAAUAUCAGUGAGCUCUAAACUGCGGUUUAUCUUUGCCACUGGAAAGUGAUUGUGUGUCAGUAUUAAAGAUAUGCAGAACCAUGACAUUCACUAAUUUGUACAUCUGCUUCUGUACAUUGUAUUUAUAAAGUUACAUGACGAGAAUUGGUGUAAAGCAAUGUCUUUCCACAUUAUCUUAGAGAUGAAGUUACUUUUACUUUGCUUCUCUAUAAUGUGUACUUCAAUUGAAAUCCCAUACCUUUUUUUCAUUGAAAUUCAAUUUACUAAUUUUUCUUAUCUCAUGAUUUUCAAAAGCAUUUAUUGUGACUUUAAGGUGUUGCAAGAUAAGGGAUUUUGUGGCCGUGGGUAGACUUUUUAUACUUUGUUUUAUAGAUGGACUUUUUUUUAACUAGUCUGUUUAAGUCACCAAACAGCGUCCAAAAUCUUAAUGUGUUUCAUUUGAUGUUGUUAGAUCAGAAAAGAAAUUGGCAUAAAAUUGGUUAAUAGUAUUGUCAAAGAAUUGUGUAUUGUGUACUCACUGGGAAAAAAUAAAAUAUAUUCACA